UGAUGUGUAACGAAGUUGGGGAAAAUAAGUAAUCUCGACAAUUACUUUCUGGCCAAUGAAUUGGGAUGACAAAAUCUUCAAAUCUUUGUGCACAAUUAGCCAGCACAGUUUUUCAUCACAGUUUUUUGGACAUUUGUCUGCUGCAGAGGUGGUUGAGAGAACCAUGCUCAUUCCCAGACAGAUUUUUAUACUUUUUCUAGUUCUGUUGAUCAAUGCUGCAGAGCAGGAAGUUUAUGAAAAGAAAGACGGCUGUAUGUGGGGUCACCCUGGAAUCCCAGGAGACCCAGGACACAAUGGAAUGCCAGGUCGGGAUGGCAGAGAUGGGGCCAAGGGGGACAAAGGGGACAGAGGGGACAUAGGUACCUGUGGGGAAGCUGGUAAACAUGGACCAAAAGGAGAUAAAGGAGAACCUGGUAUUGCUGGCGUGGGUGGUAUGAAAGGGCGGCGUGGAGAUAAUGGUGACAGGGGCCCACCAGGCAAAAUGGGACCCCAAGGCUUUCCAGGGCCACUAGGUUUGAAAGGCCAGAAGGGAGAAUUAGGUCUGCAAGGACCACAGGGCAUCAAAGGGGAGGUAGGCCCUGAAGGUCCUGAAGGACCAAAAGGAGACAUUGGCUUCAAAGGAGAGAAGGGAUUACAGGGACCAUUGGGGCCUCUAGGACGACCAGGCCCAAAGGGAGAUCUUGGCAAUCCAGGUAACAAAGGCAGCACUGGUUUGCGUGGUGAGAAAGGGUCAAAAGGCGACAUUGGAGAACAAGGUCCAAAGGGUGACAUGCCUGAGAUACCAAAAAGUGCUUUCUCAGCUGGACUGAGUGAAACCUCCAAAAUACCUCCUGCUAACACACCAAUUCGUUUUGACAAAAUACUCUAUAACCGCCAGGGCCACUAUGACCCUCAGACCGGCCGCUUCACCUGUGCCAUCAGUGGAGCAUAUUUUUUCACCUAUCAUAUCACCGUCUACUCUCGCAAUGUUAAAGUGGCACUGGUAAAGAAUGGUCAGCGAAUGGUCCACACCAUGGACAACUACCAAAGCGGCGAGGACCAGGCGGCAGGGGGAGUGGUCCUAGACCUGGAAGCGGGAGACAAGGUGUGGCUACAAGUGGCUGACGGAGAGCUUUUUAACGGGCUUUAUGCAGAUGAAGAUGAUGACACUGUUUUUUCUGGAUUUCUCCUAUUUGCAACCUAAAUGAUCUACCCUGAAGAGCCCUUUGUUUAAUUUAUGUUUGAUAGCAUGUGCACAUACUUUAAAAUUAAAUAUUUUAAAUCCACUAAAUGGUCUCACAUGCAAUACUUGUUUUUGUGUUGAUUUUCUUCUUUUGACAGAUUUGUUGUAAUAUCUCCAUCAUUUUCAGUUAAACUUACAAGAUAACCUGUAUUUGUGCAUCUUUUAAGAAUAUUUUCCAUGCAUUUCUGUGUUUGUUUUUUCCAGGUAACCUCAAAAUGUGCUUAUUGUGGUGAUGUCUAAAUUAAUGGUUUUGUCCAAAAAUGUAUAUUUUAUAAUUUAAUAAAGACUGGAUCCACCUGACUACAUUAGGUAAUACCAAAAAGUAUGGCACAACAGGGUUAAUGGCACUCAAGGAAAUUCUUUCUCGUCACGUGUACAAAUGUAUUUUUAUUGAAUAUUGAUGGAGCAACAUAAUAUGUGUGAAAAUAAAUAAUAACGGAAG